AUGGCACGUCGUAUAUUUCAUGAAAGGCGAAGUUCGGCAUUUGCGCGCGCAUCACAGGCUAUAUUCGGAAGGCGUUCCUUUUUCGGAACCGUCCACAAAUGGCUGUUAUGGCUCCUUUAUGACGGCUGUUAUGAUGGGAGUGUUUUCGACACGGCUCUAAAGGAAGUUUACACAAACAAACGCCUAUUUGACAGCCUUCGCAUGGGUGAUUCUAGUACCACACACCCAAGACUAGAGUGGGUGUCGUUGCAACGAGCAUUGCCAGAGAGACAAGGUCCUUUGUGUUUGGCAACUUCAACAGCACGGAGAGCGCCGGCCAAGAAUGUGUUCGUUUGGGCACUAAUCGAAACGGAAGGGUAUGAGAUCGUCCGGCCAGCACAUAUAGACUCAGAGCCGUUCGUAUGGGAAGCCGCGAGAGCUACCGCGGCCGCCCCUUUUUUUUUCCCCAAUCGAUAUUCGCGGAAUUGGGUCCUUCCAAGACGGGGACUUAGGGAUAAUCUCGCUGCCGAUAUCGCACGGCGGUUAAGCCGCCAAAUCUGGCCCUCCCGCAAACAUCCCGCGCGACUUCUCUCUAUGGGUACGGGUAUUACGGAUAGACCACGCGAUAGACCACCACAUUUUCGGCAUGUCUUCCAGGAUGGAUUCCUGCGUCGAGGAUUCGAUGCUUGGAUGUCCUCCAUGGACACGGAAACAAAAUGGCUGGAAAUGAUGGGCCAGCUUGAGGACGCCCACAAGGAAGACUAUCUUCGGCUGAAUAUACCUCUUCGCGACGUACCUAGCGCUAUCGAUACGAUCGAGGUGAUGGAGGAAUACCGGAAUCUUGAGAGCAGAUACCCAGACGUCCACCGGCUAUCAUUCACCGACAUGGAGCGGGCAAGGGAGAUUCCUGACACGGAAGAGUUAAUGUGCCUGCUGGAGUACUGCAAAUUCAGGUCCAAAUUACUGAAAGGGAUCAACAGACGGGUGAAGAAACGGCAAAACCCCUCUGCCCCCGAUACAUUUAGCCAUAUCCGUGACCACAGCAACGAUUAG